AUGCCGCCCGGAAAAGGGGUCGUCGCAGCAAAGGGUGCUGCACGAUCUAAGACGCGUCCAGAGGCACUCAGCAGCUGCCAGAUGCAAAUCAGUGGUCCGACGCUUGUACUUCGGACUAAUGUUACGGUCGAAAGUAGUGCGACUAACAGCAAAUCCGCUAAAAUGCUUACGUGCGGUCAGCGUGUAGGUCAUGUGGCAACCCUAGUGCCUAAUCACAAGGGGAUUCUGGCUGUUAUAGGCGGCGUCGCUUUGGUCAGCGUAGUAUCUAGCUUGACAGCACUUGGUAACGAUUCGUUAAGUGCCACUCUUCCUUCUGUAAUGAAGUUGUCAUCAUCUGAAGUUGAGAUCGCCAACACUGGGUACGUGGACCCUGCGCCUAAUCCGAAUGAAAACAGGAAUAAGAUAAUAGAUAUGACAUUACCUCCUCUGGAAUCUUCCACCUAUCCAUUGAUAGAAUAUUAUCACAUUGCGUCUCAGCGAUGGCACGCGCCGGGGAUUACACGUGUGAAAAAGUGGCCUACACAGUCGGCAACAGCUGUUAUGUGGGAUUUCUAUAAUCCCGAGAGCAAUACCUCAGAUCCUGAAAAGCUCGAACCAUCAGAUGAGAAGCAGAAUCUCAUAGAACUUCAAUCGAUGAAUGGAGAUUUGAAUUCGACACGAUCUUUGUUGGUGUCGCCUAAGAUUCCCGCGCUGGUGUGUGCAGUAGGAGGAUGGGAUGGCCAGCGACGAUUCGCUUCCAUGCAAAUCUAUGUAGAAAAAGCUGCAAAAGAUUGCGGUGAAAGUUCGAUCUCGCUCGAUGGAGUCCCAACCUUGCCCUUCCCGGAAAGCGUUCCUCCUACUAGUGGACACAGCUGCACAGUGGUGGGAGGUAAGUUCUAUUUUUUUGGUGGCACUACGUUGCAUGGUUGUUCAAAUAUUGUUCAUGGAUUGAGUAUUGUUAGCAACAGUUUGGACUGGGCCCAGAUGUGCAUGAACAUCAGUGAUGCUUCAGGGUUCGAUGUUUCCACACUGACCCUGGUGGAGGAGAAUACUUUUACGCCAGAAACUGCUAUCCAAGGCUCAUCCGCGACUUUCUUGGAUGAAAAAAUGGUAGCAGAUCUAAUCCCAGCACCAGGUCCCCGUUCUGCUCACGCGACCUGCUGUCUGGACGAUCACAUUCUGCUCUUCUUUGGUGGGCGCCGGUUGGUAAUGGAGGAUCGCCCCACUCCAGCCAAACGACAUGGCCCCAACAGUGGCAAAUCAAAGUCAAAGAAUAAUUCAGGCCGCAGCUUUUCGCGUGCCGGUGGCGCCAUGCCGGAGGAUCAACCCUCCGGAAAUUUGCACUUGGAGCUAUUUAACGAUGUGAUUGCGUACGAUACUGAAACGCGAUGCUGGCUCCCAGUACAACUCACUGGGGGGGCUGCUCCUUGCCCACGCUAUGGUGCGGCUAUUUGCCCGUUACCAUGCCUUGGAAGGGAGGGUGAAAGUUCCAUUAAGGAAAUCCUUGUCCAUGGUGGGGUUGAUGCAGGAGGUAAAAUUCUCUCAGAUGCGUGGGUCCUCCAUAACAAGAAAUUGUCGAUUGGAAAAGAAAUGAAGAUGGAUUUGUCAGUACUUGUACUUGGAGCCGGACGCCGAACAGAGACCCUGCAGUUUGUAUGGGUAAGACUCAAUCUGAUUCCGCCACCCGCUACUACAGUGUCACCAUCCUCUCCAAUAGAUCAGAUCGCGUUGGAGCUGGCCCGUGCCUAUCACGCGGCGGCUGUUAUUGAACAUCAUACACGUGUGCGGGAAGUUCUCCUUGUAGGUGGGUACGUACAGGAAGGUGUUUCGGCUGCUUGUAUGUUACGUCUUUCUAUCCCACCCAUCCACAAAGCAGAAGAAGCGUAG